ACCACUUCCACAUCAAGGCGCAAAGCAGUGAAGAGAGAUCUAUACUAUGAUGUUAUAAGAAGGAUACAAUACAUCCGCCUUCCAUUGCCGCAAUCCAACGCUAUAGAGCCGAUAAUAACUCGCCCAGCAUUCUCUCUCUCUGCCUGACACGUUGACUUUCACCAUGGCCGUCUCGCUGCCGGCCGUCUUGACAACCCUCGCCCCCUACCACCUCCUCUCGUACGCGACCCUGCUCGGCACCUCGCUCUUCCAGACCUUCGUCAACACCAAGAUCUGCUACACCGAACUCCCGAGGUCUGCCUUCACGACCCUGCAGAAGCGCCUCUUCCCGGUUUACUUCCGGUGCCAGGCGCUUCUCCUCGUCCUGACCGCCGCCACGUUCCCCCCCUACGGCCCGGCGUCCCUGCUACGGGACAGGCGCGACUGGAUCCCCUUCGCGGCCAUCGGCCUGACGACCAUGGCGAAUCUCUUCACGUACGGUCCGAGGACGCGGCAGGCCAUGAUCGACCGCACGCAUCAAGAAACCCGCGACGCAAAGCGGCCUGAUGGUGUUGAGGAGCCGAGCCCGGACAUGCGCGCCGUCAAGAGGCGGUUCUCGAUGAACCAUGCCAUGAGCAUCCAUCUCAACCUCAUCGGCCUCUUCGGCAUGGUGUGGUACGGUGUGAGGUUGGCUUCUAGACUGAACAUUGAAACGGACUGA